GCCAGGGAAAUCAGUUCUCUGACUUUCGCUUUAACGGACAGACGUGCGUGUUCCUCAUAAUUUUAAUCCAUUUCAAAACCCGCCUCUGUGUUUUACCCAUUUAUGAGAAUGAACCAAAAUGCUACAACCACGCGAAACCAAAAGGAUACCGGAUUGUCGCUUUAAAAAAAGCUGGUCGCUAGACUAUAGAAUCAAAAUUAUGUAUUAUAGUUAUCACAAGCAAAACUGUAGCUUAGCUCUGUUAGCCACACUGAUUUUAACUAUGGUUCACAUUGAAGCUUCCCAAGCAACAAAUCAGCCUCUUUUCGUUAGUCCGACCCCAACGUUGCCAGCAAUACAUGGGGAUGAUAUAACCACUGUACUUUUGGUAAAUAACGAAUCAGGACAUGUGGGCGAUGUUCAUGGGCGGUUCUUAACAGUACGCCCAGAAAUAGGUGUUUUGACAUCAACAGCCAGGACAUUUAUUCAGGAUGGAAUAACAACAGAAUUUGCCACCAAAAUUGUAGGGACAACAUUAAAUAAUGGUCGCCUUUACGCCCAAUACCUUAAAAAGAGUUCUAGAGUCCUUUAUGAAAACGAAAACCUAGCACCGUCUGUAGUUACUAGUUGGGUAGGUGAAGAAGAUUCUAAACAAACACCACUAUUUUUACAAAGUCACAAUGACCUAUAUAAUUCUGAUGACGCCGAUUGGCAGGAUAUCGAUGAUAGCAUAGGCGUUCAACGGGGAGAAUUCGUGGGUAACACGGAUUUUGUAAUCCAACAAAGAACAAAAGUUAAAGACCUAAAAAAUCCAGAUUAUCAAGAUGAAAAACCGUUAGCAUCUCUGGAUCCUGUAGCCAACAGCAAUGUCACGUUAAAGUUUGACCCAAAACAAAAGGUAGAAAUGAAUGAGUUUGCUAAUGCCAAGGUGUCAUCAAUUGAGUAUUUGGAAACAUACACAGUUCAAAGUCUUUUUGGUCAUAUUACAAGUUCUGUAAUUAAUCAAACAACGAACGGCUUAUAUGCUCCAAGAGAAGAACGAAAAUAUGGACGAGAAAAUAUCGACACCCAAGAUCAUCCAAAUCGAUCUUCCCAAAAGCAAGUCUUAGCUACUGUAACAUAUUAUGGAUUUGCAGAGUUUACAACUAUUGUUGGUGAUAGUGUCAUAGUUUUUUCUCCAAGUACUAUACAGAGCAGUCUGAAUUUUGGACACGUUACAUCGAUCAAAGGCAAGCCUACUUUACAACCUGAGUCAAUUCACAACUACAACAAAGAGAUAGAAACAGUUACUACUUCCGGAAAAAUCGAAAUCUUGACCGCUAUAUCAAGUUUUGGGCUAGAUGUUUUAGACAGUCCAAAUCAUAGGAAGAGUCACUCAAAUAACUUAUUAACUCCGGAGCCAAGUAUUCCUUCGACAACCGAUUUCAACAAUAUAUUUUCAGAAAAGGUGGAAGCAAGUGUUGUUUCAUCUGUUCCAUUGGUUUCAAAAACAUUUAAGGAUCUUCAAUCAUCCUUUAAAGAUGAUAUUGAUAGUCCGGAAAAUGCAACAAGUCACAUUGAACCAAACAUUCAAAAAGAGGAAGGCGCUACCACUGUUUUUAUUGAUGAUGAUCCUUUCACUAAUUUCGUUGAGCUUGUCAAUUCCUCGAGUGCAAUAUUUAAUUUUGCAGACCAAGAAAAAAUAUUUCAAAAUACUGAAAUAUCUCAAAGUGAUAAAACGGAAGAAAAUAUAACUUAUCAAACUAUUAUUAACAUCACUAGCGACCAAUUUGAAAGUAAACCGACUGUUGGGGGGAGUAAUGAAAGUGAGACUAUUUUGAAGGAAUUAUGCAACCAUACCACUUCACAAGUGUUUCUUACUCAAAUGCCUAAGGCAUUCAAAACAAACAAAGAAAAUGUUGGUAAUGACGCAAAUCCUCUUUUCGCUUAUGACAUCGUAGAAACUACUAAAUACUAUUGCAUACAAGCUACUCAAUCGGAACAAAUGCCAGAAUUAAAUUACGGUAAUACGUUCCAAGAGUCUACUACAGAGUCACAUGAAGAAUUAAUGUCUACUGAGUUAAUAGACGGCGUAGAUGAAACCACAGUUCGAGAUUCAGAGGACUAUGAUGUUACGACAGAAAACGAAUAUGAAAGCGAAGAUGACGACUAUGAUAGUGUUACUGAUGAUGUUGACUUAAUAUAUAAAACUCUGUAUACAACUUAUACAUAUUUGACAACUUUCUUCGAAGGUUCUCGCUCUACCGUAUCUAGCCACACUGAAAUUUUAACAAAUAUCGUUUCCUCAACACUUUCGACUAAGGAUGAACUAAAACAAAACACAUUAAAUAACAUCGAAGAAAAGCAAAUUUCUGAAAAUACAAUUCAACAGGCUGAUCAAAGAACAUCAUCUUUGUUCCCAAAGUACACUAUCCCUGUUGAAAUUGCUAGUCUCUUAAUCCAGGAAAGUAAAGUAAUUACCGCUGCAAACGAAAGUACUGACCAGAUAAUUACUACUUAUCUCAACGAUCUAAAAUAUAGUAAAACUUUAUUCACAACGUAUACAUAUUAUACAUCUAUAUUUACAGAUAAUGAUACUGAAAUUCAAUCACGAACUGAGGUAGUCACAAAUUAUAUUACUGACAAGGUUCCGAACUACCAAACAAAUAAUAUAAAUGGCAACAAUAACACAACAAUUAAGCAACAUUUUUCGGCAUCCGAGUUUCACUCAGUAGAACCCGAAAUAGAAAAGGAUCAGGAUAUGAAAUUUGAAAUCAGAUUAAAUUCGAGCAGCAUAAAUGAUGCCAAUACAGAAACUUUUAUUAAAAGAAGUCCCCUGGACGACCAAGUUAGCUCUGAAAGUAAUACAGAGGAGAUUAUACCAUCAGCAACUUUUCUUCUGCAAACAAGUUUUACAACCUUUACCUUUUAUACAACAAUGUAUCUAGGUGAUGAGACAAAUAUUAUAAGUCGCCUUGAAACUGUAACCAACGUAGCUACUGAAACUUUACAACCUACAAAAGUCGUAAAUUUACAGGAUUCCUCAUUCCCCAUUACUUACUUUACAACAUUUACAUAUUGGACUAAGUUAGCUAAGGAUGGUGAAAUUACAACUCUAAGCAGAGAGGAAACAUUAUCCAAUGUGAUACAACCCACUAACGUUACACUAAUAGAUGUUGAUGAUUCACGAACAGCUGAUGAAAAAUCUAGUCUGUCAACUCUGACGGAUGACAAGCAGAUUCAUCAGAAUUCCGAUUAUGAAAACACCAUAAUUUCUACAUCAACCAAUCAAAGCCUUCAUUCUGAUAUUACCACAUACUAUACUACUUAUACCUAUUAUACUACAUCAUAUGAUGUCAAUAUGACAAUUAUCGAUUCACGUUUUGAAACAGUUACUAAUGUAGUGACAUCUAGGGAGAACUCUAUUUCAAUGUCAGGCACUCCGGCCAUAGACUUGAUGAUUAAACCUAGUCAGCCUGUUUCUGGAACAGAUCUUCAGAUUGGAACUGGUGAACCGGAUAUUGUUUUGUACGAUUAUAAACAAAUAAUUGAUGCAGAUGAAGUAAGCACUUUGUACUUUACAACAGAAAUUGUAUCAUCAAUUAAUAAUGAGGGACAUGAUAUAAAAGUAACUAGUAGCACAUCGAGGUUACACGUUAACGAAUCCAAAAAGUCCGUUUUAGCCACGAUCUUAGGUAAUAUACCUGAUGAUAGCUUAUCUAGCUUAAAAUUGUAUAAGACGGGAUUAGUAAGGCUCAUUGAAGGAAAGCGCAUUCAAAACAGUACAACUACCUUAUACCAAUCAAAAGUUAUCGGAACUGUUAUAGAUAAUAGAUAUGCACAGAUAAUAGAAAGUACAUCAAGUUUUUUCUUUGAAAAUACUCAGUCUGAUCUUCUUUUGCUUCCAACAACGGUUAAAAGCUCUCCUGUGGCAAAUGUCAAUUCAAUUGAAUUGACAAAAUCUACCUAUACUGAAAGUGAAGAAACUAUCGGUUCUUCCACAUACAUCGAAAGCACAAAAGCAGAAUCAGAUCCUAGCAAUGAGGGAUUGGUAAAUUCUUCACCACAAAGUACGAAACGACCAUUCGCACCUGUAAUACGCCCUUUUGCCUCACGGAACAGGCCUACAUUCGCACCAAAACAGAAAACUUUAGUUCCAAGUAGUGCGACAAUAAUCACAAGAUCGGACAUUACACCCACUAUUACGGCGACACCUGCUCUAAAAUCAGCCGGGAGAUAUAGCUCGUCGCGAAGGGGUAUAAUUUCCAAUGUGCCAAUUAAUCCCAACGAGUCAAGUUUGUCCCAAGGGCAGUCGUCGAGGCGCUUGUUUGGGCGACCUUCUAAGUCAUUGAGUAGUUCCAUCGACGUCGAUAGUACUCUACAGUCUAAUCUUGCCUUUUUACCUUCAAAAAAUCGGUUUGCUUCAUCUUCACGCCCAAAUGUUAGUUCCAGGAGACAAAAUAUAAAUGUUUCUUAUCGAUCAUCAAAUAUUCCAGGUUUUCGUGGAUCUGGAAUUUUAACCAACUCUAGAUUACGAAUAAAGCCAACUAACUCAGGGUUGAUACCAAGCGAUAGGUCGACGCAGUCGAUAACAUUUGCAAAGGAGCUCAACUCGGAAAGUAGUGCCGAGGAAGAGAACUCAACAGAUGAAGUUCCUGAUGAGGAAGACAACCCAAAACGCAAUAGCAACCCACUAUUGCGUUUUCGGCGCCCUAUAAAUGGGCCCAUUGGAUUUACGCCUGUAACACGACAGACUGGCAGUUCCCCAGCAGUUUCGCUUAGACGAAACCCAUUGUCGCGAUCAAAAAUUUCAACGACAACCAGCAGUACAACAACUACGACGGCCAAGCCCCGACCUCGAAGCUUUCAGAGACCUAUUGGCCUUCAGCCAAGGUCAAGACCACAAAAUAAUCUUUUUCCACCUAGAGGGCUUUUCCAAGCUCAGCAAAAGGAUGAAGGUGUUAAGGACGUAAAAUCAAAUGAUAACGUAUUCACAAAUGAUUCCGAAGAUGAUGCAAGCAACGCCGAAGAAGAUGAACAGGAGGAUAGUGUUCACCGUAGUAAGAGGUCUUUACUCAUUUUAGCUAACUCUAAUUCUGAAAAGAGAGUACGUCGGCAAACAGAUACAGUAAAAAGAAACAGAUUUCGAUUUCGUCGACAAAACCAAACAUCGACAUUUAUCAAUGAAGAAUCAAAGCUAAUUAGCUCCGACGAUCGUGCUGAAACCACAUCAUCUUCCCCACGGGAUAAAUCGAAUUCUAGAUUCGGAUCAAGAUUUCAUUCCCCACAGGGGCAUUUUAUGCAAACUCCGGCCACACUGGUUGACUCAACAACGACGAACAAUCUUAGAUCUAUUCGCCCGACAAGGCCGACAACAAAACGCCCUCAAUUUACUUUAAGAGAGAAAGAUGCUUCUUUAAAAGGCAUUACACGUUCAAGUUCAUCUAAUAACUUUCGACGUCAACCGACCACUGGGAGUUCUUCAGUAAGGCGUCCUGUUACAGGAAAUACAGGAAAUUCAAACAAUCGCAGGCUAAAAGGCUAUGUCAGCUAUAAUAAUAAAAAUAAUGUAGACCAUGGACGACUAUCAAGUACGACCCGAUCUCGAAGUUCAAACUCUAAUACAUUGAAUAGAGGAAGAAGUCGGGGACGAAAUCGAAUUGAUUACCCCUCUGAUUUACAAUCUACAGAACAUGAAGUACAAGCAAUAACAGUUACUCAUUUUAUACCAUCUGAAGUUACAAUUCCAGUAGUUAGCGGUCAUGUUACUGAGUACAAAAACAUUGUCACUGCUAAAACAAGCACCGAGCUCGUCGGUCCCAAUGAUUAUAUGCAAAUUUUAGGUACCAAUGGAUUGAGUUCCAUAUAUCUGAAUCGGGAAGUCUCUAGUAUAAACAUUGCUGGUGCCACAGAACAUACAAAAUAUUUGUUACAUGAAUCUAUCACAAGUUCUGUAAUUUUUACACCGACUACAAUCCGCGGUAGGAAGACGUCCUUUUCACAUAUUAUUCCAUCCACAGCUUAUUCUGUAGAGUAUAUAGUAACUACAAUACAGCCUCAAAUUUCGGAUAAUGCACCGCUUGCCAACAUAUUGCUUUCCCAGUUACUUUUGGGAAAUUUGAACUUGCCCGCUCAUCAAAUAAUAGGUGCUGUCGGACAGCAAAAUUCCGCGACGGCUUUAUUACCCACAUCUGUUGAGCCUAUCACUGAAUAUCGCACACACACUUCUACUUAUGUAACUACAAUAUUCGAUGGAAAAUCCACCAUUCUUCCAGUGACAUUUCAAGGGAAAAAAAUUCUAACUACUGUCUAUGACACAACUGCACAAACAAUAACAGCUACAGAAUAUAGUGUAGACACAAUAGUCAACACAAUACCAUCCGUUCAGAAUAUGUUGUCAGUUGGACCAGCUGCAAAUGUAAACAAUUUAUUGUUGCAGCAGUUACUUAUUCAGCAACAGCAAGAGUCUUUGUCACUGGCUAUAUCAAACACUUUAGCCCCACAAAUAUUAUUAAGUGAAAACCUGCAGGAUCUGGACGAAAUGUCACGGCUAUCAUUAAAAUCGGAUGCCAUCGAUAAUGUUGGAUAUGAGUCGGACAUUGUCUCAGUCAGCAAAGAGUCACAACUCACAAAAAGCCAUCGAAAGAAAUCGCGAAAAUCAAACAAUGGACACAAGCGCAGUAAACAAAGUCAUAUAGCUGUCGAGCACCCAAACCCAAGUGUUGUAACACUUUAUGUAUCCGGCCGCAGGCCCGGUGAAUUUAGUACUGUAUUGUCAACCGUAGGAAGCGAGUAUGAUCACUCUGUUUCCUUACAGAAGAGGCACGCAUUUAUCGAAAUUCAGCCAACCGAUUCCAUGAAUUAUUUUUCCCAAACCGCUGAGAUCGAAAAUGAAACAGCAAUUUUAAAAGGUCAAAACGGGUUUUUGACAGUUGACGUCGGGCUUAAUGAACUGAGCGAUCGAACUGCAUCAUUAGAAAGCAUUGUUGGUGAUGUCGAUCUUUGGUAUGCUAAAUCAAGUAAACAAUCCAUACCAUUGUCGACAACAAUGAAUUCAGUGGUAAUCUAACAUAACUAAAGUUAAAGGAUUGUUAUCGCUUAUAAACAAAAAUGAUAUAAAAGCGUUAAUUAUUCAUUAAAUCUGUAUAAAUAUGUCGAGACCUUCUUUGGAAGAUGUCCGAUUACUAGUCAAAGAUUAAACAAAUAUCAACAGGAGUCUUCUUCAAUACCCAACGACUCACAAGCGAAUAACCCGCAUUUAUGUUUAUAAAAUAAAAAUAAAGCACUAACUUGGCCUAUUUUGAUCUACAAUUUAUACAUGUAUCUGAAUUUUUAAAUUAAUUUUAAACAAAAUGUUAAACCCAAUCUGAACAAAUAACGUUUAAAACUCAAUAAAUUGACGGAAAAAUAAAAUUUUUUUUAGUGUAUAAGAAAUUGCCUCAAAAGCCGAUUCGAAACAUACUGACCAUUACAUCGAAGUUAACAUUAAAGUACACGGUUAGCACGAACAUAGGGACUGGGGAUGGCUGUUUUGGCAAUUGUAUGCAAAAAAUUGUGCUAAAAGUAUGAUACCCAAAAUAUCUUCGGACAACAUCCCCUCAAACAAACCCCGGCUACUCCAUUGAUACACAGCGUAUACUUUUAUCUUUCAUUGAAUUAAAAGUUAAGGUAAAAACAAACGUUUCAUUUUUACAUCUCCCAUACAUAAUACAAACCUAUUGCAAAUUCGUGUAAAUGGUUUAUUUUUAAAUAAAUUGUUUAAGUAAACAAA